AUGCGUACCACACUCAUUUUGGUUAUUCUGGCUUUUAUGAUAGCAAUUGUGCAUGCUGGGCCAGGGACACACCGCUACAAGGAACCACAUUCAAAUUAUGGUGACGAGAAAAAGAACAAGCAUCAUAUUCAAGAACACAUGAGGGCAAUGGCCAAAGAUGAUGAUGAUAAGGUACCAGAGCUAAGUGAGCAAGACAUGAUCUACUACUUGUUUGUUAUCCACGAUACAAAUGGAGACGGAUAUCUGGAUGGGCACGAAUUGAGAGCAGCAUUUACAGACUUUGAUGAGGACGAAAUCCAUGAUCUGGAUCUUACAUUGCAAGAGGUAACUGAUAUGGUAGAUCAUGUGUUGAUGGAAGACGAUAAAAACGGAGACGGUUUAAUAUCAUGGAGCGAGUAUCUUGAAAGUCAAUUGUAUCAUGAAUAA